AUGGCGAUUCGGAUACUCGGUGCGCUGGUCGUAUUUGUGUCUACCGCACUGGCAUUGAACAUUGAUGGAAAGGUGACCUGCCCGCCUGGCUUCAAAGUACACAAAACCGACGUCACGCUACAUAAAGUGUCGAGCCCAAAAGAUAUCCUCUACCAACACUCCACCUCCAACAACAACGAAUUUUGCAUCAGCACUCAGCCGAUCGACGUCAAGCGCGGCGAGCGAUUGGUUUUGAAUAUUGACUACACGUGUCGACAUCUUCUAAAGGUGUGCUCAUACGCCGAUUCGGCCAAAGUCCCGAUCCUGCUAAAAUCAGAGCCGUUCACGCCCCGCUUCGCGGCCAGCGACGACAAGAAGAUCCGAUGCGGUCGCAUGCGGUUCGAUCCUGAUGAAAUCGAAAACAAACACUUUAUCUUUGUGCACCCG